GCGAACAUGGAGGACUGCCACUUGUAAAUUGUAAGACAUAGAUUUUUUGUUUGUUUGAAGUGAUCUUUGGAAGGUGUCACCUUGCAGAUAUUAGGCCUAUUAACAUGGAGUCAAAAGGAGGAAACAUGGAAGGUGAUUUAAACAAGGACUCCAGACCAGAUGAAGAGAUCAAGUUGAGCAUUGGUGAAUCCAAAAAUAAGGAGGAGGUAACAAACAUGGAGGGUCCUGAUAAGAAUGACAAUGUGACUAUUGUAUUAGAUCAUUCUGAAUCAGAACUCAAACAAGAAAAGGACCGAAAAGACAAAGAACACGUUGAGGAAUCAAAUCACGUCAAGGACCACCACGAUGCCGCUAAUGGUGAUAUCGAGAUGAAAUUCGUCCUGGACAACAAGCAUCUCAAUACCGCCCUCUCCAUACCCGGCAGUAGACCGGGGACUCCGAACACGGCCAGGAAACGCAAGAACCGCCACCUUGAGGAGAUGAACAUGGCUGAAAUGAUCUCACUCAGCGGGGUGGAAAGUAUGUGCACCAUCUCCAACUACGAUGGCAUGUCUACCCGUGGCUUUGAUGAUGAUGAGGAAGGGGGUGAGGAGGAGGAGGAGGUUGAUAAGGGUAUUGGAGUGCAUCAUGUCUUGUCCGUCCUGCUUGCGAUGAUGUCAGUGGCAAUCGUCCUGCUUCUCUAUUUCCUGGUGCCUUGUCCAAUGGAGCCUGAAAAUUGGAGCGUGCAGAUGGAGGGAAUAGUUUCAUCAUCUCCUGUAAGACUACUUGAUGUCAAUAGAGAUGGCAUGGACGAUGUCAUAUUCGGCUUCUCCAUUGGAAAAUCUACCGACCCACCUGAAGUUAAAGCACAACUGUGUGAAAAUCUCAAUUUAUCGUCGUCCUGCAGUGGAGGGGUGAUAGCCAUGAGUGGCUGGAGGGGUGAGGUAUUAUGGAGACUGGACAUGAAUCACACCAACAUCAAUAGCUUGGUCUGCAAUCAGCUGGACGUCAACAAGGACGGUCAGUUGGACUGUCUGGCCGCAGGACGAGAUGGUCUUCUGAUGGCCAUCAAUACAAAAACAGGUGCCAUUCUAUGGGAAGCUGAUCCCUCCGUGACCGUACCAGCAUGGACCUAUUCUCAGCCUCAGACCUUACCUGAAGAUCUAGACGAUGAUGGCGUAUUGGAUCUUGUAGUGUCACAUGGUGUCAAUUAUGACAAUAUAUCGGAGGGCGCACAGGGUGGUGAUGAAGUUGGAAGGCUUCUGCUGCUAUCAGGGAAGACUGGUCAAUCAUUGGGUACUUACCUGGAGAUGCUCGACGGACAUGCCUCAGUGAGCCCACCAAUCGUCUUUCAGGCCUCUGAUGAUCAAGAUGACACACCCUAUAUUGUGUUCGGAUCUGGGACAGCAUCUGGAACUGUUAGCCCAGGGUCUAUGUGGAUGGUGAGCCUAGAGAGGCUACUAUGUCAUGUGACAGGAAGUGACUGCAUUACCCACAGCACUCCCUCUGGUGAGCAACAAGAGACUAUCAGGACCGGUGUGUCUAGUAUAGAUGACCAUGUCAUAGAACUUGUAAGAGGAAAUGGAGAUGGUUUCAUCCUCCCCGCAAUCGUAGUUGACAUGACGAUGGAUGGGGUCAAUGACCUCAUCAUCAUAUCCCAUGAUGCCUUAGUCACCGCAAUCAAUGGAUCUAGCUUCAAGCCUCUGUGGAGUAUACAGCUUGAUGUCGACUCUGAGUACAGACCAUACAGUGUGUCAGCACCUGGACACUUCAACGACGAUGAGAUACCAGACCUGAUGGUACAGCUGGGUCCACAUCAAUCGGCAUCCAACACUAGCCAUGCAAACAAGAUUGUCAUACUGGAUGGAGUGACUGGAGGAGAACUGUGGCACACAUUGACAGAAUCAAGCUUUGAGAACCAGCCUACAGACUCUAGACCAUCACCUCUUAGUCUACGAGCUCGGGGGGAGAAAGAUGCGUUCACAUUUUGGAUAGAACAUCACCCUAUAAAGGAAGUGGGAACAACUACACAGAGUAACAUAGACGGGUGCUCAGAUCUCAUCUCUAAAUACCCUACUCUCAACCUUGUGAUGAUGGACAGAGAUAUGGCCAUGGAUCCACCUAGUCUCCUCUCAAUAAGACCAUACAAACCCAUACGCACUACACCGAGCAGUCAGCCCUCCAGUGACAUCACUACAAGUCAGCCAAUCAGCAUUGGAGCUUCUAGUCACAUGACAUCUCCAUCUGUUGCCGAGGCUUCGAGUCCCACGGUGGUAGAUGUUACACCAUUGCUAAGUGAUUUGACUGCCUCCAGCUCUAUUCCACUAAAUGCAUCUUCAUCGUCAUUGUCCUCGUCAUCGACAUCGUCACCUCAAAGGUUGAGGAGAUCAAGCUCCGAAGAUUGUAUGAUGAUGGAACCGAUCCUCGAAAGCACAGGUAUUAUAGGUGAUUUUGACGAUGAUGAUUCCCUGGAACUCAUUGUUGCUUUCAACACAAUGCCGACGUACCUUGGGUCCUCGGGCAGUCCUACCAACCAGCCCCAAGCCUAUCUUACAAUCCAGCGUGUGAGUCUAGAGCAAGCCCUGGACCAGAAUAAGAGGGUCAAGCUAGUCCAGGCCGACUCCUUCCUUAGUCCCAGCGUUGAGAACUCGACCGUCAGCGGGAACAUCUUUGAUCAUUUUGACUUGUUGGAGACCAAGUUUCAGACCUGGUUGGGGUACUUGGGUACCAAGGCAGAUGGAAGGUACACUUAGUCACAUGUCUGUUACAUGAUGCAUACAGUCCGGUCUGCCCCUAGCUGUUCAGGACAUUUUUUUAAUGGCUAAAUUGAUCACAAAUUGUUCUUCAAAUUGGCAAAAAUAAUAUGUUUCUUUGAAUGCAACAUUGUUCUAUUAAAAUGCAAUGUAAAUGAAAACGAUUUCCAUGGGUAGAAGUUUGGUUUGAAUAUUGAGACAAGUUGCAAAUGUUAUUGAGAAAAAAAAUGAUUUUGAAUCUCUCAGUGUCUUGCCAAUUUAAGGAUCUUGAAGCUGUUUUCCUUUAUAAAUUCCUUGCAUCAAACGCAAUUAGUCCAUGCAAUAAAAAUAAACUCAAUAUGUGCAGAACUUUUUGCCCUUUCUUUCCAUCCAUUUUAGUAUGUUUUUAAUGCUCUUGAUCAAAAGAUACUGGGCCAAACCAAAAAAUGUGAAAUGUGUGUCCCGAGAGGGUUAAUUUAAAAGCCACCUCUGCUUAAAGGCAACCUGGUCAUGAUUGUCUAUUUUAUUCUACACCACUAAAGAGACAUAAAUACAAGACCAGUCUGCCUUAUCACUGUUUGUUUUUCUUUCAAAUUUUUGUGUGGAAGUAUGUUCUUGUAAUUGCUAACUCAUUUACAGUCAAACUCAUUAUAUAAAAAAAAAAAAUCACUUUUCUAUCUUAAAAGUUUAAGACCAACUUUAACCAAUGAUAGUAUAGGAAUUUGCAUUCGUAAAUUGACUGCCAUAUGCAAUAAUGAAAGGGCAUAACUAUACAUGGAUGUAACAACGAUGAUACUAGAAACAUAAUGUUGAUGACGUGAAUGGUGAUUAUGAUGGCAAUGGUGAUGGCAAUAGGAAUCAAAUUGUAAUUGUGUGAAUGGUUUGGGCUAUUUAUAGACAUUCGAUGCUUUAUAUAAUUGCUUAAAUUACUACGAUUACUUGGUUAAUUACAUUGAUUUUGGUGAUGACUAUAAUAGCAGAGUUCUGUGAUUUUAAAUGAUAUUUAUUUUAUUGUAGUGGUUACACCCAAUUGACAUGAAUAAUGGUGUUAAUGAUGAUGAUGUUUAUAGUGAUAUAAAGUAUCUCUGUGUUGAAAAUCAUGAUGUUCAUAGAGAAUAUGCUAAAUUUAAUUUUAGCUAUCGCCAAUACCCCCAAAUGCCUGGAUGUUAUUUUCACGCCUCCAUUUCAAAUGCACUCUGUGAUAGCUAGGUGACUCAGUAGCUUCCAGUCUUUUGUGCAGCUAUACUGUGCCGUCCAGUCUCACCCAAUGCAGAGCAGCGUAGCAGCCAGCAGUGCUAGCUGUCUAUAUUAUAGAGAUAUUGACUGCUUUGAAAAAGCACUGUAUGGUGUCCGCUCGCUCAAAGAACUUUUUAACACGUAAACCAAUGGGUAUCGCAGCACAAUUUUACUAUUUUCAUGGUAAUCAGAAUUUUGAGGGAUCUCACUCUUGGACUAUUAACCAGUAAUGGCAUUUUUCGCUUCUUUACGGGAAUGGCUAAAAUCAAGAGUUCAAGACUCCAAUUUCGACCAAUCAAAUGGCUGGAUUUCUUAAGUGAGGUAUAUAAAGUACUAUGUCAUAAGCAAUUCUCUAUGUUUUACAAACUGUGAAUCUGCUGUGUGCUGGUCGAAAAAAA